AUGGCAGCACCCACAACUUCAGACGACUACGUCGUGACGCCCGCCCCAUACCCAGCGCGUACCAGUACGGCUACUUCAGCGAUCAAGAGUAUAGAAACUACAGCAACGGCGGUCAACUUUGCGGACAAGAUCCUCAUCACCGUGACACAGAAUGGACGGCUAGCGCACUGGGUACAUGUACCCCUUGACAUCUCCGCGACCGAUGCCUCCAUGACCUCGAAUGCCUACCUCGAACGCGACGAAGAAGACCCCAACUCAGACCUCCUUCCUAUGCACCAUCUCACGGCUACAACUAUACUUGGCGGUACCAUGGCAGAGCUCGACACUCUGGGCUCAACACUCGCGACACAGGUUGCCAGUGCCAUUAAGCAGCGCGAUGACAGGGAAACCAGGAUGGUCGUACUGGGUAUGGGUCUGGACAAAAGCAUGAUUGGAAGAGAAGCAUUCAGCGAGCUGGUUGGACUUGUGCUGGGAGUCAUAUGA